AUGAACGGCGCACAGUUCACCGAUCGGGCUAACAAGGCCUUGCUGGACUCCAGCGCGUUGGCCGAACAAUAUGCCCACACCCAGAUCCUACCCCUCCACCUGGCAGUUAGCCUCCUCAACCCAUCUGCAGAUUCUUCUGAAGAUCAACAACAACCGGCCGGUCACUCCUCACACGAUGCUUCCAGUACCCCGCUCUUCCGCCAGGUCGUGGAGCGCGCUCACGGCGAUCCGCAAUUACUCGACCGAUCACUCAUGAAGCUCCUGGUCCGUUUGCCGAGUCAGGAUCCCCCACCAGAGAAUGUCGCCGUCUCUCCACAACUCGCCAAGGUCAUCCGAUCGGCGACGGACCUGUCCAAGACCCAAAAGGACAGCUACGUGGCCAUUGACCACCUGAUUCAAGCGGUGUCUCAGGACUCGCAGGUGCAGCGUGCCCUAGCGGACGCCAACAUUCCCAACCUCAAAUUGAUUGAUACCGCCGUUCAGCAGAUUCGGGGUACACGGCGCGUGGACUCCAAGACUGCCGACGCGGAAAGUGAAAAUGAGAACCUGAAGAAGUUCACCAUUGACAUGACUUCUUUGGCUCGCGAGGGUAAGAUUGAUCCAGUUAUUGGUCGCGAGGAGGAGAUUCGCCGAGUUAUUCGCAUCUUGAGUCGACGCACAAAGAACAACCCUGUCCUCAUUGGUGAGCCUGGUGUGGGUAAGACUACCAUUGUCGAGGGUCUGGCCCGUCGCAUUGUCAAUGCCGAUAUUCCCGCCAACCUGGCUCAAUGCCGGCUGCUCUCCCUCGAUGUCGGCUCCUUGGUUGCUGGCAGCAAAUACCGUGGAGAGUUUGAAGAGCGAAUGAAGGGUGUUCUCAAGGAAAUCGAAGACUCCAAGGACACCAUUAUUCUCUUCGUCGACGAGAUCCACUUGCUCAUGGGCGCCGGAUCCAGCGGCGAAGGCGGUAUGGACGCUGCGAAUCUUCUCAAACCCAUGCUAGCUCGUGGUCAGCUACACUGUAUUGGUGCCACUACUCUCGGCGAGUAUCGCAAGUACAUCGAAAAGGACCAGGCUUUCGAGCGACGUUUCCAGCAGGUCCUCGUCAAGGAGCCUACCGUCAACGAGACUAUUUCAAUUCUCCGUGGCCUGAAGGAAAAGUAUGAAGUUCACCAUGGUGUCAAUAUUCUCGACGGUGCCAUCGUUAGUGCCGCUACCCUGGCUUCUCGCUAUCUUACAGCACGCCGUCUUCCCGAUUCCGCCGUCGAUCUGAUCGAUGAAGCUGCCGCUGCAGUUCGUGUCACUCGCGAGUCCGAGCCUGAAGCUCUGGAUACCUUGGAGAGAAAGCUGCGACAGCUUCAGAUCGAAAUACAUGCCCUGGAGCGUGAGCAGGACGAAGCCUCCAAGACCCGUCUGGAAGCUGCAAAACAAGAAGCUGCCAACGUGACCGAAGAGCUCCGUCCGAUGCGCGAGAAGUACGAGAGUGAGAAGCAACGCAGCAGGGAAGUGCAAGACGCCAAGAUCAAGCUUGACUCUCUCAAGGUCAAGCGUGACGAGGCGGAGCGCUCCGGCGACACUCAGACAGCUGCCGAUCUCGAGUACUACGCCAUCCCCGAGACUAAGCAACUCAUCGAGCGGCUCGAGGCCGAUCGCGCCAAGGCUGACGCUGAACGCCGUGCUAACUCCGGAGACGCUGGCGAAGCCUUGCUGGCAGAUGCCGUUGGCCCCGAACAGAUCAACGAGAUCGUCGCCCGAUGGACCGGUAUCCCUGUCACUCGACUCAAGACCACCGAGAAGGAUAAGCUGCUCAACAUGGAGAAGUACCUGGGCAAGGUUGUCGUGGGCCAAAAGGAGGCUGUGACCUCCGUCGCCAAUGCCAUCCGACUACAGCGCUCUGGUCUCAGCAACCCCAAUUCGCCUCCCAGUUUCUUGUUCUGCGGUCCUUCGGGUACCGGUAAAACACUCCUCACCAAGGCACUUGCUGAAUUCCUCUUCGAUGACCCGAAGGCGAUGAUCCGCUUCGAUAUGUCCGAAUACCAAGAGCGACACUCGCUCAGCCGAAUGAUCGGUGCGCCCCCUGGAUACGUCGGCCACGACGCUGGCGGCCAAUUGACCGAAAGCUUGCGCCGCCGCCCAUUCUCGAUCUUGCUCUUCGACGAGGUCGAGAAGGCUGCCAAGGAAGUCCUCACCGUCCUCCUGCAACUCAUGGACGAUGGCCGUAUCACCGACGGCCAAGGCCGCAUUGUCGAUGCGAAGAACUGCAUUGUCGUCAUGACCUCCAACUUGGGAGCUGAGUACCUCACCCGCUCCCUCAGCCGCGACGGUCGCAUCGAACCCCAGGUCCGUGAGCAGGUCAUGGGCGCACUUCGCGAUUACUUCCUGCCCGAGUUCCUCAACCGUAUCUCCAGCACGGUUAUCUUCAACCGUCUCACCAAGCGCGAGAUCCGCAAGAUCGUGGACCUGCGCCUAUCCGAGGUGCAGAAGCGCCUCGAGCACAAUGGUCGCAACGUCCUUAUCCAGUGCUCCGAGGAGGUCAAGGACUACCUAGGUGCUGCUGGCUAUUCCCCUGCCUACGGUGCUCGUCCACUGGGACGUCUUAUCGAGCGUGAAGUCCUCAACCGGCUCGCCGUUCUCAUCCUGCGCGGCAGCAUCAGGGAUGGCGAGGCUGCUCGCGUGGUCAUGACCGAUGGUCGCAUCGACGUCCUGCCGAACCACGAGCUCGGCGAGAGUGAUGAGGAUGAUGAGGAUAUGGUUGACUCGGACGAUGCCCUCGCCGAAUUGGAUGAUGACAGCGGCGACAUGGAUCUUUACGAGGAGUAA